UCGAGUUCAGUUCGGCUACAGCGACUCUGCACGAGCGAGCCGGAGAGAAGAGGCGCGCGCAGGGAUUUACUUUCUGAUGCUUGGAAAACUGCAGCAAAGUUGGACUCGGGUUCACUCCGGACUUUGAUGCGUUUCGAUGACUGUAAAUCUCCGGAUGAGCCCGGUGAAGAUUUUACACCGUGACGCUUUUAAAGUGACUAUUUAAGAGGAACAUAUGAUUGUUCUUCUUAAUUAUUCCACACAUUCCAGUCCGAGCUGUUUUCCAGUCUGUUUGGAGCAGUUUUGUGUGUUUAUCUCGUGUUUUCGGCGCUGCAGUGGAGCAGAGCUGAGUAUGAGAGCAGACUGAGCGCUGAUGCUGAAGAUGCGAAUGAAGUCACGCGCCGCGGUGAUCGCUGCACAGCCGGACUGAGUUUUUAACCCGGGCUUGUUAACCGCCUCUCCCUCUCUCUCUUUCUCUCUCUCUCUCUAUAUCUCUCUCUCUCUGCGCGAUGGCGCGCGUGCUGCACUGCCUCGUGCUGGGCUGCGUGUCCUGGACCCUGGGCGCGUCCGACGCUCGGGGCGAGUACUGCCACGGCUGGCUGGACACCAGCGGAAACUACCACGAGGGUUUCCAGUGUCCCGAGCAGCUGGACACGGCGGCCGCGCGCGUGUGCUGCGGGACCUGCGCGCUGAGGUACUGCUGCGCCGCCGCAGGAGCGCGCCUCGACCAGGGCGCGUGCACGAACGACCGCGAGGCGGAAAACAGCGGAUACACAGCACAACCCAUCUACAUGCCUUUCCUGAUGGUGGGCUCCAUCUUCGUGGCGUUUGUUGUGGUUGCCUCUUUAGUGGCCGUGUACUGCUGUACGUGUCUGCGGCCGAAGCAGCCAGCUCAGCAGCCCAUGCGGUUCUCUUUGCGGAGCUGCCAGGGUGAGACCAUCCCUAUGAUCCUGACUCCUGGGGCAGCACCAACCAGCAUGCGCACGCCCUCGCGUCAGUCCAGCACGGCCACCACCAGCUCCAGCAGCGCAGGCGGGGGCAGCUCGCUGCGCCGCUUUUCUCUGGGCAGGGCUGACCCCGGCCUCCAGCAGAACCCGCAGCAGCAGAUCCUGCUGGCCUCAUCCUCAUCCUGUAACACGGCCGGGUCCCAGCCAAUGCUGCCACCACCACCUCCACCACCAUACUUCUCUCCACAGUGCCUACAGACCAGCCUCUCACAUUCACAUUCACACACACACUCACAUGGCCACGGGCAACUACAGCAGCACCACCAGGACUCCAGCUUCAUCCUGUCCCAGCAGUAUUUCUUCCCCCUGCAGCCAGAACCCUUCAGCGGGAACAAGAACUUUGCUGAUUUUGGCCAGAGUUGAACUGGAGCUAAAGUCCAGCACCAUUGAGGACAGAAAAGAGCUGGACACUGGAAUCUCUCUUUCUAUGAGUGCCUGGACUGGAAUAAACUGCACUGCAAUGCUUCUUUUGCAGCCAAUGGUGUCACUGACUCACACAUCAAGCAUCAGGACUUGAAGAAAAGUAGUGACACUAUUUACUGGCAAAAGAUGCAUUCCUUCGUCGCAACUGCUGCAGGUUGGACAAGCUUUUUAGAACAUUAACAAAAAUCCUGAAUGAAUGAAUGCAGGAAUGUUGAGAAAAUUCACAAAUCAUGUCCCAAAGGAUCUCUCUCACACUGCCCCUCAUAGACUCACAUACAUACUAGUACCUAUAUAUACACACACAUAUAUAUUAGCAACCACUGGGAAUAACAUAGCAACAGCCAAGAAACACCAUAGCUACCACCUGAGAUUAGAUAUCAAUGGCCAAGCUUUAUCUCAGCAACCACCCGGGAUACCAUAGCAAUGCCCUAGCAACACCUAAGCAACCACCUGGGAUUCCAUACCACCAGCCAAGCAACAUCUUUGGUCAAGGCAACUUAAAGUUCGUUUACAAACUUUCCCCUUCUAGUUUCAAAUGAUAUUUACUCUGCAUUGUGUUAAAGAUCGCACUGUUAUGCCUUUUGUUGUGUUAUUCAGCUCAUGUUAGCAUUGUGGCAGUUUACAGCCUGUCUAGUUUCAAUCAGCUACAACAACAUAAUCCAGCUCAGUACCAUUUCAACUUGGAAACUCAAUGUUAAGUAGUGAACAUAAAUAGCAACCUAAAUUCAUAAGUUUAAAUAAGGUUUUUGCCAAUGUUGGCCAAUUGUAAAGCUUGUUAACAACAAUAAUAAAUAAUAAUAGCAAUAAUAAUAGAUAAUAACCACAUCUUUAUUUAUAUAUGGCAACUCAAAGUGCUUUACAGACAGAGUUUGAUUUUCUUAUAUCAUUAUUACUAUUCUGUAACCACAAUAUAAGAAAAGAAAUAAAUAAAUGAAAGCUGAGUUUUCAUGUAAACCAUCUGAAGCAAUAAAAGAUCAAAUAAAAAAAUAAUAAUUGAAAGCUAAAUUAAAGAGAUUCAUUUUCAAAUGUUUAACAUUUGAAACAUUUUCUUGACUGCUAAUAAAAGGUGGAAUUAAGCUCCACAGUUUAACCUGGCAACAGUUGCUGUGAAAGAAUGCAUUGGUGGGCAGAGCAAUGAUGGGUCAGUUGUUGACUUAUCAGUUAUUGGAUCAUCACUUUUACUCCAUUGCUGGACCAAGAGCUUUGCAGACUUCAGCCACUGCCAGCCAGUGUGCAGUGAUGCUUCUCUUGGCAGGCCACAGUGUCACUCACACGCAUCAGAACUUCAAGGAAAGCGGUGAUGUGAUUGUGGUUGACAGAUGAAGCCGGAGAGCUGCUGAAACUGGCGGGACAGAGAGACUGAGAGAGAGAGAGAGAGACCUCGGCACGAUGGAUUUAUGGUGAAAUUCUGGGCAUCUAAAACUUCUGUGCCAGAUUAAAAAGCACACAGACCUCUGUUUGCACCUCUUAAAUUCUAUUAAAUUGAUGCACUUUUCAUGCGUUUUUAUAAAAAUGUUUUCUAACUUUCUGGAAUAAAUUAGUUUUGUGCGCCAGAAUGCAAACAUUUAUGCCAUUGUUGGGACACUCAAGGAAAAGACUGAAGAAAGAA